ACCGGUUGUCAGAAGUAUUUUCGCUUUGAAACAGUAUAUGUGAAAACAACAACCGCAAUGCGUACCACAAACCACGUUGCAGCACUCCUUUUCGUUUAUUUAUCUUGGACCAGUGCUUGUCAAAGUCGAAUCAAAAACAGUCCAGUUCUGGAAUUCAGGCCACUCCCAAAGGAAAGCGACAGUACCCUGGUAUGGAUCCAAGGAAGGUCGGAAGAGCUGUAUCAACACUGGAUAGAUUCAUUAACUCAUUUUUUGGAACCAUAUUUUAGUAUAGGUGGUUGGGGAAGUUCUGACCAUAAAUGUAGCGACGAACCACCACCGAAAGGAAGCGUUUGUGCUGUAAAAGUCCGCGAUUUUUGGCCUUGUAGUCCAGAAAACCGCUUCGGAUAUGACAGAGGAGAACCCUGUAUAUUUCUCAGACUUGGUGACAUCCCGAAAGGGUGGAGACCGGAAUUGUACAAUUCGUCCAACGUGCCCAAAGAAAUGCCCGAUUUUUUGAAAAAUUUAGUUCGAGAGGAGGAACAAAAGGGGAAGCACAGCAAAGUGUGGGUCUCUUGUGACGGUGACUAUCCAGCUGACAAAGAAUACAUUGGUCCAGUUACGUAUUAUCCAGGACCGGCUUUUCCGGCGUAUCAUUUUCAUGCCGCAGAUAACACGGAAUUUUUAAAUCCGUUAGUGGCGGUAAAAUUUGAACGGGCAAGCAGGGGGGUUAUAAUCAACGUGGUAUGUACAGCAUGGGCCACAAAUAUUCCGCGUGAUGCCAAAGAAAAACUUGGGACGCUUAAUUUUGAGUUAAGCAUAGACUAAAAUUGAAAUUUGUGAUGGAAAAAGAAUAAAAUGU